AGCAUAUCAUGCUGUUGACAGCAAUAUGGCAAUUAAGAGAUUAGCUUUGAUGAAUCUUCUUUGCCUUUCUAUCAUUCAUAACAUGCAUUCUCUGUGCAUACAUAUAUUCUUGACCCUCCACCGCAGAUUAAAUAACAGUAACAGAACGUCAUACCGAAACUACUUUCAAUCUGAUACGAAACUUUACUGGCAUAUAAAUGCUUCCUUUAAUACCAAUGUAAUAACGCGGGGUCGAACAACAAAGUUUUAAUAAGAAUUAAUUAUAUGUAUCGUGAUGCUUGGGAAGACAGAAAAGACAAGAUAAAUUCUUACAUAGACAUAUAAACAUAAUUUACGAUGAGCGCGAAGAAUAACGUAGGAAAACUUGGAGACGUGCUGAUAGAAGAUUGGAUGAUUAAAUCGCCUCCAGAUGGUAAACUUAGUCACUUACAGUCAUGGCGUCGACGAUAUUUUGCUUUACUUGAGAUAAAUCACAGACAGGUACACACCGUACCUAAAAAAUUGUCAAAAAAGGGCCCAGAAUCUUCGGAGAACUUACACGAUGUGUAUUUGGUUUAUUGGAAGAAGGAUACAGAGCGAAAGAUGGGAGAGAAACCAAUAAGAACAAUACCGAUUUUAAAAGGCUGCACUGUUAAGGAAUGCAAACCUCCAUACUUUGAAAACAAAUUUCUUCAUGUUUUACUUCUUGACACCGUCGGAAGAGAGUUUUAUCUGUCUGCUGAAUCAGAGAAAGCAAAAAAAGAUUGGCAUGAAGCUCUUUCGCUGGCAAUCGAAUCAAGACCACACAUAGACGAUGCUAAUACACCAAAUGAACCAAUAUAUGAAAUGAUCCAAGACAUAAUGAAACAAAUGCCAGCAACAAGAGGAACCAGGAGUUCAAGUAGUGCAUCGAGUCUUUCUUCGAUAUCCGAUGAGUUUGAUCAAAACAGGAAGACAAUUGGGUCAUUCUCUAUCACAUCCCCGGAUAAUUCCCAAUUAUAUCUUCAAGAAGACAAAUUAAACUCUAGUGAGUUUCCUCACUACGUUGUCCCAAGACCACGACCACGAUCAGUAUCUGAUAACAAUUUGUUUUCGAGAACCCACAGCUUGGCAGAAACUAAAAAUAAUUUUGACGACCACCACGAAGAAGUAUCAUUCUCUUUGAAUUCCAAAGAACCUGCCAAUAAUACCAAUAACGGGAAAAACAGUAACGACUCCGACUUUAAAAAUUUAGCGUCAAUGAUAUCGAUAAACAAAGAGUGUGGAACGAUUGUUUUUUCAGACAUGAAAUUAGAAUUUCCAAGUUCAAGCUCAAUUGAAUUAUCAGAGAACGUUUUAAAAGUGACGACAUCACAAGGUCAAUGCGUGUUUUCAACACUCGUACAAAGGAAAGAGGAAGAAGCAAAACAGGAACAUAGAACGUAGUUUUUUAUAACCUCGAUUUUUCGUAUGUCGACUGAUUUUUAAAAACUGGUAAUAAUAAUAAAUACUAGUUUGGCGUUGUAUCAACACUCAAACUGGUACAGUAUUUGAAGUGUAAUUUUAGAUUGUGCUACAGAAAUGUAAAAGAAUGAUUGCAAAUGCGCACAAAAAUAUAUUGAAUUAUUAUUAGUAUUUAAUGAGAUAAAUUAAAUGUAUUUAUUAUUAGCUUCCAUUGUUGCACUAUUGUCAACUGCAUGUAAACAAUUUAAUUAAAUAUAUACUUUG